UUUCUGUCCUAUUGUGCCCUCGUACUUUUACUCCCUCAUUAUCCCUGUAUAUUCAAUGAAUUCCAGAAAAUUACUGGUUACUAGCUGAAGUAUAAAUACAUUGUGAUCAGUAAGGACUCAUCAGCAUAAUGAUAUUAGUUUGCCAAGGUUCAUCUGCUGCUGAGUACAAGUCGCCAAAAUUUUCCUAACUAUUCGAAAGUGCUUUGGAUUGACUGUAUUGUUCAGUUUUCAAUAAAGCGCAAAUAUUUUGUAAGUUAUUAACUAAAACAUUUAUUUAAUGGCAUGUCGGCUAUAAAAAGUUGAAUAUGUACAACGUAUAUAGUAUUUACUUUGUCAUUUACUUGUAAGUAAAUUCGGCUCAAUUUUACUUUUCCCUGUGGCACGACAUACAUAUAAAUCCAUUUAAUUAUUCACUGAUGUUAUUCGUGCUGUUCAGGUUUUUCCAUACAAGCCAGUUACUCGUUGAACAGCUUUAUUCAAACGAGUUAAAACUCGAAGAAUAUUGGUGUUAUUUUCCCUUGAUAUGCUGAAAAAAGCAUCAAUUGAUAUGUUUUCAAUAAUUAUGGGAUUGCUUUAAGACGUUCAAUAAUAAUUCGUGACUUCGAUGUUUAUGUGAAAAAUGCGUUUUAGAAAUAUUUAUCAGCACAGACUAAAAAUUUGUAACAACCGGUAAAUAUCGGUACCACCAUGUUCAGAAUAGUCAUAUGAAAUGAAGUAGAAAAUUCAACUAGUUUAAACUAAUUUUUAUUUAUAUUUGAUUAUUGAUAAAUAUGUAUUAAUAUUCUAGACUUAGUGAAGUUUUCACUUAAAGGAAAAAUGUCCAGUUCGUAUAGAACAAAUAAUUUAAAAAAGGGAAUCUGUAUAUAUUUUGAAGCGUAUAAUUCAAAUUUUCUGUUUCGAUUGCGUGACUUUUACUAAUUCAGUCUUUUUCGCUGACUUUGCUAGAAUACUAUUACAUUUUGAUAUACAUUGUGUUGAUAGAUAUUUAUCAUGUUAAACUUGAAUUAAUUAAUUUGAGAACCAUUUUGUCAAAAAGUUGAAAUGUUUUGAAAGGAAAUCAAUUUAUUAAUAGAGCUAAAUAAAAACAUUGUCUGAGUUCUCUCGAUUGCCCGGAAAAGUGUAAUUCUGAUCAUUUUCGCUACGUAAUUACAACUUCUAGAUAUUUUCUAAUGUGAACAUUUAUCUUCAAUAAACAUAAGUGAAAAUGUGUUAUUUUAAUCUGAUUUUACGCAAAAGACAUGUUUUUUAAUUCAAGUUUAUGAUCCGAAAAACAAUUAGCCCAGUUGUACCAUGGAGGCUUGAGCUUAGGUUCCACUGAACUUAUCCUGAACCUGAACUCGGACUGAACUUUGCUGUUCAAGUUCAACGGGAAUUCAAGACACGGUUAAGUAAAAAAUUUGGGUUGUACGAAAUUUGUGCAAUGUGAACCCAUUUGGUUUGUAUCGUGCAAUAACACCUGGCUGCUAAAUUCAGUUUGAGUGCAGGCUCAGUUGGAAUUCAGUUGAAGCCAAGUUUAAACUUAGAUUGUAAAACCAAACCUAUGGGAUGCAAUUUUCGCUAUCAACAAAUACAUAAGAUAAAAAUAUUUUAGAUAUCUGUUGAUGUCACAAAUUUUAUAACAUAUAUAGUGUUUCAUAAGAAACUACAGUCAAAUUUACACAUAAGUAGAAUAUGUAAGUACAAACAAAGAGUAUCUAAUGCAGUAGAUAAGCUAAAAAGAGCAAAGAAUCGAGGAAAAAGCUGGCUACUGUUUGAAAAAAGAUAAUCGAAAACUUAGAGAGAUUUGCCUCUUAAACAUCUAACUGAGUGUCUCAAUAUCCCAUGGUCAUUAAAGUUGUAUAUCUUUUCCAUUUGCAAUUUUUUUUCCUUAACCAACCUGAAGUCCAUUUGUCCUAAAGUUUUUAAAUAUUUUAAGGUCCUGUUGGACAUUUUCACAAAAGUCUUCAAAUGUCUCGUUUCUCUAUUCGGUUCACUUACCAGAUGAUUGUUCCUGAUUUUUGCAUAAUGUACUUAAGGGGUAUACUUGCAUCUCGUGGCAAAAAGACGUUCAGUUGGUAUCGUUUAAAUAUUAUCGAACAAAUAGAAGCAUGCGCCUGAUUCAAUAAUGAUAUUCCACGCUCCAGUGCGUUGUAUUUUGGGGUAGUUUGAAUAAUUUUGCGGACGGCAAAGGCAAACCUUCCAAAUGCGCCUUGCGGUGGAAAAGCGAUUUUUGUCACCAACAUGAGUUUGACGGAUUUGAAAAAUUGCAGUAACGGUGAAACCGUACAAGCCAACUAUAACAAACUUUCGGAUCAUGUCCGAAGACUGACUCCUCAUGGGAUACAGUGCAGCGUUUUUUGCGGAGGACUCAACUGUAAAUAUGAAAAUCCGGAAAAUUGGAAACCCGAUAGUCUUGCCAUUCAUGGAAUAUAUUCCCAUUGGGUUACUGAUGAUAUAUUAGCAAUGGCCAGGCCAAGCACGAUGGUGAUAAUUAAGAAAAAUAUCAUACAGCAAUUCGAAAGCUUGGGGAUUAAAUCAAUUAUAAACCUGCAAUGUCCCAAAGAACAUUCAAGCUGUGGUCAACCUUUGGAAAAUUCAGGGUUUUCGUAUGAUCCAAGUGUUUUUAUGGAACAGAACAUAUUUUAUUAUAAUUUUACAUGGAAAGAUUAUGGAGACGCCACAUUGGAAGGUUUACUUAACAUGGUCAAAGUUAUAGCAUUUGCUCUAACCGAGGGGCGUGUUGCUAUUCAUUGCCAUGCAGGCUUAGGUAGAACAGGGGUUUUGAUUGCAUGUUACCUAGUGUUUUCCUUAAGAGUGACCGCUAACGAUGCCAUAAGAUAUGUGAGGCUGAAGCGUCCCGGUUCCGUUCAAACCAGAGGACAAAUUUUAUGUGUUAGGCACUUUGCACAAUUUAUUCUUCCACAAACUAUAACUUUUUACUUAAAAGAGAAUGUCUCAAAAGACAAAUAUAUGAAUGAAUUUACGCUAAAUCGAUAUCUAAAACGACAAAGGGUAGUUCUACAUGGGUACGAAGAAAGAAACUUUAAAUAUCUUCCGAAAAUUGUGCAUGUUCUUUGCGAAAGGAUUUUGAAACUGUGCGGAUGUAACGAUGAUGAUGAAAAUCAGCUCAAUGUAUCAUUCACGACUGAUUUUUUAACUGAGAAAUUAUAUGGAGAAAUCAGAAGGCACGAAAGCAGUUACAGUAUAUCGAGCAUUAUUAGCUUAAAUCCAGAAAGCAUAUACCUAAACCCUCCUGGGGAGUCUUCUCGAGGAUGCAGCCCAAACCCAUCCGAAAAUGGUGAUAGCAGCGAUAAUUUCUCUGAAAUAAGCACUCUGGAUGGUGAUGAACUAAGCGAAGAUCUUUUAUUCGAAAAUAGGUGUUUUCAAGAACUGGAAACUCAAAAAAAUUUCUCCCAAGAUCACCCACAAGACGACCUAAUAGUUCAAGAUACUGAAGAUGUUCUUUCAGCUCUCUUAACAGAUUUUCAAACCCUAAAUGCUGAUACCAGACAAAUGGUUCGCCAGUAUAUGGACGAAAUCAACUCUUCCAAAGUAGGAUGGCUGAAACUAUCAGUCGAAAGCAAUUUAAAUAUUCUAGUGAGUCUGCUUUUCGAAUGGUUUGAAGGACUUAAAACUCCAAUUUUGCAAGUUAAGAACUUUGAGGACAUUGUGAUUUUAUUUAAGCAGCCCGAUGAAUGUUUUCGGAAAUUUGGAAUGGAAGAAGCUUAUUUAAUAGAAUAUUUUCUGAAAUUCAUAUCAAAGCUGGUCACAGGGCGGCAAGAAUAUAUAGACGACGUGCUGAAACGAUUCUUAGCCACGCUAUCCAAGCACACUGUGAAAAUUAAUUCUGCUCCCAUUCCAUCAGGCAAAGGAUUUAAGCGAAUUGGAGACGGAACUUUGUCUUGUAGCGUAGAAUUCUUCAAGUCAAUGCUAGACAUAGUCGGAAACCAUCACGCGCAAAAAAUGAGGUCUUUCUCCAUAAGCGAGAAAAUGUACGAAAAUAACUCUGAAGAAAUAAUUGCCUUCCAAUAAAUACCAAAAAUAUGUUUUCUUCAUACUUCUUAUAUUUUCAUGAUUAAUAAAGGAGUUAAUUUUG